GGAGGAGAGGCAGCCCCCGGAGGACUUUUUAAAAAGAGAAGGUCAUAGAUUCAACAGCUGCCUUUAGAAGAAUCUGGCAGAGGAGGAAGGCGAUCCACUGGUCCAGGUGGAGGCUGUUUGGAGAGGAAGGGAAGAUGAGGGGAGAACUGGACUCACCCACUCCAGAAGAAAGAAAAGGCCCUGUUGCCACGGAGGCUGGGAGCAGAAGGGAACUGUGGGAAGGAACCUUGCAGAAGAGCCUGGGAGAGGAUUUUCCCCCUUCAGACGUGCAGCGACAGCAAUUCCGGCACUUCCGUUAUCAGGAGGCUGAAGGGCCCCGAAAGGUCUGCAGCCGACUCUACCGCCUUUGCCUCCAGUGGCUGAAGCCAGAAAGGCACAGCAAGAAGGAGAUCCUGGACCUGGUGAUCCUGGAGCAGUUCCUGGCCAUCCUGCCCCCGGAGAUGGAGAGCUGGGUCAGGGAAUGCAGGCCAGAGACCAGUUCCCAGGCAGUGGCCCUGGCAGAAGGGUUCCUCCUGAGCCAUGCAGGUGACAAGAAUCGAGGCCAGGAGUUUUCCUUUGUGGGACCUCCACUUCUCUUUCAGGUUCAGGAAAGGAUCAACUUUUGCCACGGAGCAACCUUUCUAGAUGAGACCGUGAACCCAACAAUAUAUUCUUUGCCAUAUGUUUGCAGCAGAGAAACAUCAACUUCUAUGUGGCCAGAGCAGGGUCCGGUGACCUUUGAGGAGGUGUCUGUUCAUUUCACUGAGGAGGAGUGGGUUCUACUGGAUGCGGAAAAAAGAAGCCUUCACAAGGAAGUCAUGGAGGAGAAUUUUCAGAAUGUGGCCUUUCUGGAGGCUAAUGGUCCCCAGAGAAAGCCUGAGGAAGAAUCACAACAACUCCAAUUGGAAGGGGAACAGCAGAGGAGAAGUAAUAGGACAAAAUGGAAGAGGGGGAAUAAGUCAUCCAAUUGCCGAAUUCAUACCAAGGAGAAACCAUAUAAAUGUGUACAGUGUGGGAAGAGUUUUGUUCAGAGGGGAGACCUUACUGCCCAUUGUCAAAUCCACACAGAGGAGAAACCAUAUAAAUGCAUGGAGUGUGGGAAGAGCUUUGCGCAGAAGUCAAAACUUACUGUCCAUCAACGAAUCCACACAGGGGAGAAACCAUAUAAAUGCAUGGAGUGUGGGAAGAGCUUUGCUCGGAAGUCAAAUCUUAUUGUCCAUCGACGAAUCCACACAGGGGAGAAGCCAUACAAAUGUGUGGACUGUGGGAAGUGCUUUGCACAGAGUUCAGAGCUUACAGUUCAUCAACGAAUCCACACAGGGGAGAAACCAUAUAAAUGCAUGGAGUGUGGGAAGAGGUUUGCUCGGAAUGCACAUCUUACUGUCCAUCGACAAAUCCACACAGGGGAGACACGACAUAAAUGCAUGGAGUGUGGAAAGAGCUUUACUUGGCGUUCCCACCUUACUAUCCAUCAACGAAGCCACACAGGAGAGAAAGCAUACAAAUGCAUGGAAUGUGAAAAGACCUUUGCCACGAGUUCACAGUUUACUAUCCAUCGACGAAUCCACACAGGAGAGAAACUAUACAAUUGUGUGGACUGUGGAAAGAGCUUUGCUUGGAAUUCAGAGCUUAUUGUCCAUCAACGAAUCCACACAGGGGAGAAACCAUAUAAAUGCAUGGAGUGUGGGAAGAGGUUUGCUCGGAAUGCACAUCUUACUGUCCAUCAACGAAUCCACACAGGGGAGAAACCAUAUAAAUGCAUGGAGUGUGGGAAGAGCUUUACUUGGCGUUCCCGCCUUACUAUCCAUCAACGAAGCCACACAGGAGAGAAACCAUACAAAUUCAUGGAAUGUGAAAAGACCUUUGCUAUGAGUUCACAGUUUACUAUCCAUCGACGAAUCCACACAGGAGAGAAACCAUACAAUUGUGUGGACUGUGGAAAGAGCUUUGCUUGGAAUUCAGAGCUUAUUGUCCAUCAACGAAUCCACACAGGGGAGAAACCAUAUAAAUGCAUGGAGUGUGGGAAGAGUUUUGCUAGGAGUUCACAGCUUACUGUCCAUCAAAGAAUCCACACAGGGGAGAAAUCAUAUAAAUGCAUGGAGUGUGGAAAGUGCUUUGCUCAGAAUGUACAUCUAACUAUUCAUCAACGAAUCCACACAGGGGAGAAACCAUAUAAAUGCAUGGAGUGUGGAAAGUGCUUUGCUCAGAAUGUACAUCUAACUAUCCAUCAACAAAUCCACACUGAGGAGAAACCAUAUAAAUGCAUGGAGUGUGGGAAGAGUUUUGCUCGGAAUGAACAUCUUACUGUCCAUCAACAAACCCACACAGAGGAGAAACCAUAUAAAUGCAUGGAGUGUGGGAAGGGAUUUGUUCAGAAGUCAAAUCUUACUGUCCAUCAACGAAUUCACACAGAGGAGAAACCAUAUAAAUGUAUGGAGUGUGGGAAGGGUUUUGUUCAGAAGUCAAAUCUUACUGUCCAUCAACGAAUCCACACAGGGGAGAAACCAUAUAAAUGUGUGGACUGUGGGAAAACCUUUGCUGGGAGUUCACAGCUUACUGUCCAUCGACGAAUCCACACAGGGGAGAAACCAUAUUGUUGUAUUCCUGUAUAGUGAAGCCAGCCUAUUUCUCUGAUCUUGGACUCCAUUUUAAGUAUGGAAAGCACCAGAAUAUUAUUUUUCAGGCACAAACCUGUGUCUCACUGGAAAUAUUCCACAUGACAUGUUCUCUGAACAGAAAGGAACAAGUGAUGUUUGCUUUUGCCGAUGUUCGCAUUAGCUUAUGUGGACUAAGACAAAAAUCAAUAAUAGGAAAAGGGCCAGAUUCGGUCAAAAGCGUCACAAAACCUAGUAGAAUAGAAGGGGGGGGCUGACGGAUGACAAACGCAGAUUUCAAACGGAAAACUUUUUUUCCUUUUUCUGACUCUUAAGAAUCAAGACGUUAAAACACAGUAACUUUCACAUCUACUCUUAUGUCUGGAGAAGGAGAACACUGCGCACACAUUAGCAAUCAUGAGAACACAAUUUAAAGAGAGGAAAAUGAGUAAAAUCCACAGCAAGAGAGAUUCUUUUAAGAGCUUCUUUUGGUUUUAAGAGGAAACUCUGACAGUCCAACUGACAGUCCAGUCCAGUCCAUUCAGAAAUGCUAGUCCAAGUCACUUAGGAAUACUGCCUUGACUAUAACAUCACGUUGACACUAACCGCAUGAUUGUUUUGCUGGAAACAUAUAUACAUGCAUGCAUAUAUCCAUAUAUUCACAGCUCAAUCAAUCUCAUUGUAACUCAACAUGAAAUAACUCAGCAAUUACUAUGCAUAUAUCAAUCACAUAGGCCUUAAUCAUAAGGAACUAAGGAUACACUGAACCAAACAAAAUGGAGUCAAAAUGAACCUUUGAAUAGAUACGUGGCAAUAAGCUAAAAUCUAGGGGAUUUUUAUGAAUACAUGUUAUUCAUAUGAGUAAUGAUAGCAAAUAUUGAGGGAUCAGAAUGACCUGACCGUUUUACAGAUGUCACGAUCUCAGCAGAAAUUCUGCAAAUGUUACAAUUUUUAGGUGAUUUCCAGUGCCAGGAAUGACUCUGAGGAAUCUCAUUGAUGAGUUUGAAUGGGAUGAUGUAGGCCGAAAUCAUAUAUAAAUGAGCAGCAAAAACCAUGGAGUCUAAGAAGCUAGGAGGAGAGAAAGUAAGGAAUACCUCCUUGCUAUCUCUCUCCUUUCCCUUUCAGAUUGGCGAAGCGCUCUCUCAUUCUUUCCAUCGACAAGAAUCUCUGGGACAUCUCCAGGAUUGGUAACAUAAUUCACUAUGCUUUAUUCUUGUUGCAUUGUUAAUUAAGCUAUUGUAUUUCUAAGACCAUGCUGUUCCAUGAUACUCCAAGUAUAUGUAACCUAUGCAAAAUGAUUUGAAUAAAACUUACUGAAAUUCA